AUGCCGUCGACCUCUCCGGAAUACGCACCUCUUAUGAGCGAGAAUAACGCGUCCACCGUUUCAGAUAGUGAUUUGCCACCCACGAACGCGCGUCUGUCGUUGCGAUUACAUAGAUAUGCGAAGAUAAUUAGAGUUGCUGGACUCAUCCUGUCGACCUUCAUCAUCAUUUUGAUCAUCGCGAUUCUCAUUUUGCUCGACGUCGCGCCGUUCUCAACUUGGCGAAACCAUACCGACGGUGCAGUGAUGAAAUGGUACAUCGCCUCUGCCAUUACAGCAAUCAUCAUCCUCUGCGCCCCGCUUCCCGCCCUGCUCAGCUUCGCCAGUGAUGUUGUGUUUCUGGUAGGCACCAUCGUGUGCUCUGUCUGGUGGAUUGAUUUUAUGCCCUUAAGCGCGUGCCGUGGCAUCUAUGACUGGCGGACAAAAAAAUGGGCGCCGCCCCACCCCAAGUGCAAGGAUUACCAACUGGCUAUCAACAUCAUCAUGGGCUUCGUAGCUGCGUUCGGGAUCCUCCUCGCUACCUCCUACGCCCUCCUCCUCCUCAUUCGCGUGUACAAUGUGUUCAAAUCCAAGGUCUGGAGAAGCAAGUUCCCUGGCUCGGGAGAGAUUAGUUGGACGUUCAGUUUGAAUGUCCUUACGGACGGACAUGAGAGGGCGUAUGGGUUCACCGUUGCUGCAAAGGCAGAUUCAAAACCUACUCAGGGACUUGUUCGUCUGUGA